AUGUCCCACGCACUCAUCCAAAAAGUCCUCCCAAAACAAGCCGAAGCUCUGAUGAGCGGCACCGCAAAAGUCACAACCUACGAAUCCACAGGCGGCAAGACGACCCGGAAAUUCGCCCAGCACAACCUCUCCCUCCUCCCCGCCAUAAAAGCAGGCUCAGUCAUCCACGACAACUGCGCCGGCUCCGGCACCGUCUCGCGCCUCAUCCUAGAACAACAGCCCGACGUCAAGAUCUACGCCACGGACAUCGAUCAGCCUUUCCUUGAUGUACUCUCUGAAGACGCAGUGAAGAAUUCCUGGCCCGUCGAGACGUCAAACCAGCGCUCGGAGAAGACGAAUUUUGAAAACGACUUCUUCGACUAUGAUAUUACUAACAUCGGCGUCAUCUUCUGGACAGGCGCAGGACUCGACGGCGUAAAGGAAGUGUACCGCACGCUCAAGCCAGGCGGCACCGCGGUGCUCAACUGCUGGAAGUCCAUCACGUGGAUGCUGCCCAUCAUGCUCGUGCACAAGCAGUUCCGCGGCGAGAUACCCUUUCCUGCGCCGCCGGUUAACUGGACGGACGGGCAGCAGCUGAAGAAGGUGAUACUGGACGCUGGGUUCAGGGAGGAGAAGCUGAGGCUUGAGAGCCAGGAGGUGGAGAGUGUUAUUCCUGAGGGGGAGUUUAGGGCUUGGGCGGAGAAGACGUGGGCGUAUCUUGCGGGGAUUGGCGGGUGGCAUGAGGUGGAUGCGGAGAGGUGGGAUGAGGAGGUUGAUCGGUUGGCUGAGGUGCUUAAGGAGCAGUCGGGGACGACGGUAGAAGGGGGGUAUGUUAGUAUGAAGGCGAGUCAGUGGAUUGCGGUCGUGGAGAAAUAA